AUGGAUCUCCCAACUGGACCAACCACCAUCCGCAAGAUCGUCCCCAAGACGCCGCAGGUCAAAGCAUCUCAGGUCUUCGAUAAGGAAAAUCGAGCUCCUCCAACACCAUCCAAGCCCAAGACCAAAGAAACCAAGCUUGCACUCAAUGACGAAACCUCAGACUUCACCAUCAUCUGCGAAGGCCAGCAUUUCAUCACCCAUAAGAGCAUCCUGGAAGCCUCAUCACCGUACUUUGCGCGCAUGUUCCGCUUCAACGGUAGCGAGAACAACGACAAAGAAGUAGAAAUCCCCGACGUCGACACGGUUACCAUGAAACACAUCCUAGACUACAUGUACACAUCAACCUACCAGUUCCCCAGCGGCGAGACCGUCCACCCCACAGCUUACUGCAACCGCAGCACCUACGCCCUCCUGCACGGUCCCCCGACCGCCCCCCAGAUCUUCAAGCGCAAAUGCCCAUGUGCCGGCAAGACGCUAUCGGCUUCCCACCUCCUUCUGCACGUACGCAUUUAUACGGUUGCCGACUACUUCGACAUGCACGACCUCAAAGCCUUCGCACGCCAGGGCGUCAUGGAUGUUCUGCAUGUGUACUGGCAGUAUGAGGGUCUUGACUUGGCCGAUGCGCUGGAGGAGGCGUUCACGUCUACGCUGGAUGAUGACAAGGGGAUUAGGGAUGUGCUUGUUGAUGCGAUGAAGAUGCAUCCAGGACUGGUGGUUGAUGAGGGGGAUGUGGAGGAGUGGUUGGAGGAUCAUCCUGAGGUUAAAGCGAGGGUUAACUGGGACUGA